AUGGAGAAGUUUCUGAGGGACUGGAGACAAGACGCCCUCAACAAGGCGCAGUACGAGUCUGCCAUAUUUAUCGGCGACAAGCUGCUUGCACUCACAAACGACGAUCAGGAUGCCUUCUGGCUAGCUCAGGUCCAUUUCGCUACGGGCAACUACACUCGCGCUCAAGCUUUCUUGGCCAAACAAGAUCUCGUCUCUCGUAAUCCCUCAUGUCGAUACCUCGCGGGCCACUGCCUUAUCAAGCAAAACCGCUUCGAAGAGGCGCUCAGCGUCCUCGGCGAGCGGAACCCGACGUACCCCGACGGCGGCGGUGACGUCGACGAGGCGGCCAACCGCCGGUUCGAGGCCGCCAUGUGCUUUCUCCGCGGCAUCUGCCACGCCAAGCAGAAUGCCUUUGACCGCGCCAAGGAAUGCUACAAGGACGCCGUGCGCAUCGACGUGCAGUGCUUCGAGGCCUUUCAGCAGCUAAUGAAGAACUCGCUGCUUUCGCCCGACGAAGAGUGGCAGUUUCUCGAGAGCCUCGACUUUGACUCGGUCACCGUCUCGGGCGACGUCUCGUCCUCGCAGGAGGCCGCCGACUUCACAAGGAUGCUCUACACGACGCGGCUGUCCAAGUACCGGAACCCGGCCGCCUUUGAGACGGCUUACGACUCGCUGUCGACUCACUAUCACCUGGCCGCCAACCCCGACCUCCAGCUCGCGCGCGCCGACCUGCUCUACACACAGUGCCGAUACCGCGACGCCCUGGCCAUGACGAGCGCUAUCCUCCAGGAGGACAAGUACAACUUUGCCAUAUACCCCGUGCACCUCGCCUGCCUGUACGAGCUCAAGAUGAAGAACCUGCUGUUUCUGGUGGCGCACGACCUCGCAGACACGCAUCCCGAGGAGCCGUGCACAUGGCUGGCCGUCGGCACCUACUACUUUGCCAUUGACAAGAUUGCCGAGGCCCGGCGCUACUUUAGCAAAGCCAGCAUGAUGGACGCACACUUUGGCCCCGCCUGGAUUGGCUUCGCCCACACGUUUGCGGCCGAGGGAGAGCACGAUCAAGCCAUCUCGGCCUACUCGACGGCGGCGCGCCUCUUCAUGGGCACUCAUCUACCGCAGGUCUUCCUGGGCAUGCAGAACCACGCGCUCAACAACAUGACGCUCGCCGAAGAGUUUCUCAAGACGGCGUACAGAUUAUGCAAGACGGACCCGCUGUUGCUCAACGAGAUGGGCAUCGUCAAGUAUCACCAGGACAAGCCCAAAGAGGCGGUGCAGUACUUUAGCGCAGCGCUCAAGAUUGCCGACGAGAUUGAUAGCGAGCCGUCGGCCUGGCUGUCGGCGCGGACGAACUUGGGACACGCGUUUCGUCGGCUCCGCCACUUUAACAGAGCAUUGGCCGAGUUUGACGAGGUGUUGCGCCUGGGUGGCAAGGACGCGGCCAUUUUCGGCGCCAAGGGGCUCAUUUUGAUGGAACAGAACCGGCCUGAAGAGGCGGUGGCGGUCCUGCAUCAAGCGCUGGCCAUCAAUCCACAGGACAGCAUUGCCACGGAGCUACUCAACAAGGCGCUGGAGGAGACGGCGCUGAUGGAUGGGGCGGCCGAGGAGGAAGCCGAAGACCUGGCCGAGUUCGAGCAGCAGCUGGAGCACAGGAAGCUGGAGGCAGCGCAGAAACUCAACGGCCGCCAUGGCACGGCAGACAAGGGCAAGGGGAGGCUGGGCCGAGGACGGGCCCUGCUGGACGAGGAAGACAAGGGCGAGAGCAUGAUGGAGAUGACUGACGACGAGUAG